AGCUAUUGAAAUCAAACGAAUCGCGUGAUUUCACCAACGCGGACGCACAAUCAUCCAGCUCUCUGUGGAAACUGUAGUGUCUGUAGAGUCUGUAGAGUUCCCGGACGCAGUGCAUCAUGGCAAAUUGUUGUUGCUGGUUUAAAAUCGCGAUACUUUCGCUGUUCUGCGUCUUGAACAUCGUUUUGUUUGUGAUCUCGUGCCGCAUCAGCUACCAGCAUGCCAUGACCCAGGAGCACACCCGCUUUCGCCAACAGAUGCCCACGAUGGACAGCUGGGUGAACUCGCCGUUUGGCAAGCUGAAAUCCUAUCUAUUCAAUGUGACCAAUGCGGAGGCGUUCCUCGAUGGACGCGAUUCGAAGAUCAAGCUGCAAGAGGUCGGACCCAUUACCUACGGCAUGUUGGGCUACAACGACAUCCUCAAUAGGACAGGGAGUAGUGUAACAUAUAGCAAGGAACGCUAUCGGCAAAUGAAGUUUCUGCCCGAGGAGAGCGUCUCGCCCGAUAUUCUCAAUAAGACGAUAAUCCAGUUCAAUAGCGUUCUAUUGGGCUCCGCCAUACAGGUUGUCCACAAUUAUCCCUUUGCCUUGAGGGUUUUCAAUGCCCUAACCAUUGGGGAGCCGGUGUUUUUGUCAAAUAGCGUUAACUAUUUUCUUUGGGAAUAUACGCGUCCCUCGCUCAAGUUGCUCAGCAGUGUGAUGCCGCUAGACACCAACUGUGGCCUGCUCUUCAAUGCGCUCAAGAAGAGGAAGGAGGUUUAUAAGGUGAAUAUAGGAACGGAGCAUGGCAUCGACAACUUCUUCCGCAUCCAAACCCUCAAUGAUAAGCAGCACGUUGAGGAGCUCGAGGAGUACAGUGAGGACGAGAGUUGUCCCACUAGAGUGGCGGGAUCUUUCGAUAACUCUUUGUAUUCACCCCUUGUGAAGAGGGACACUCCGUUGAGUAUAGCGGCCGUCGAAUCCUGUCGCGUCCUCCCCUUAAACUAUCAACGGGAUGAGGAGUAUGAGGGCUUCCAAACCUAUCGCUUCUCAUUGCUCAAGGUCAAUCAGACGCCGCCCGCCUGCUUGGCCAGGAGCUAUAAUGUCCCAUUGCAUGACGGCAUGUUCGAUGUGUCCCAUUGUGUGAUAAAUAAGGCUUCAUCGGCGUUUUCGAUGCCACAUUUCUAUGGGACCAGCUACAAUUGGAGCCAGCACUUCGAGGGGUUCAGUCCCAAUGCGGAGGAGCAUGAGCCCUUCAUACUGCUGGAGCCAACAACAGGCAUACCCAUCAAGGAGAAAUAUCGCUUUCAAACCUGUACAGCCUUGCCCGACCUGUCCUUCAGUCCGAAACUGCGCAAACUGAGCCAUAUGUUUGUGCCCGGCUUUUGGUAUGAAUUUGACAUGGAUCAGUUGCCUGGCUUUGUGAGCGGCAUGAUACGCUUCAUUGUGAAAGUGGUGCCCACGUUGCAGCCAAUCCUGAUGGCACUCCAGCUGAUCGCUGCCACGUGGUGCCUGCUGAGCGUGGUACGGCGUCUCUGCGGCUUCUGCAGCUAUGCUCAGCUGUAUCGAAAGAUUUGUGGCACUGCCAAUGUACAGCUGGAGACGGUACUGAAUUCGAAGCCACAGCAUGAUUUCAAGUGCACCACUGAGCAGGCUGUCAAAUAGACUUUCUUAUAUCUCAUAAAAUUCUUUUUUAAUAUAGUUAUAGUAUUUAGAUUUAAACACACACAAGCACACACACACAUACACAUACACAUCAAUUCGUUGGGCUCUGCUUAUCUCUGUUAGUGAAUAUUAAUAAUAAUAAUCAAAAUAUACGUAAUUACCGCUUGGUUGCACAUCGCA